UUCCUAGCAUUCUGUUUCGUGCGUAAAAUAUGAAAAUAUUUAUGUAUAUUCUUGAAAAAUCGUGUUUAAACUGAUAAUUUCGGCGAAUUUUCAAGGAUAUUAAAGAAUACGUACUCAAACUGUUGUUGUCUCUUACUAAAAUAUGUUUCCUUGAUAAUUUUGAUGAUUUUACAAAUGCUGCAUUAUUACGAAGCGAGGUUAAAGGCUUGUCGAAUAACUGCUGUUCAAAUAAAUUUUUUGACAAUUAGUGUGUGAUAAAUAUUGUCUCUCCUGCUUUCACAUUUAAAGAACAAUUAUGGUACGAUAUUUUCUUAGAUUUUCGUACAUUGGUACAAAUUACAGAGGUUUGCAAAAACAGAACGUUGGCGAUAUAUUCAUUCGAGAUACAGAUUCCGUUCAAGGUGCUUUAGAAACUGCUUUAUUAACCAUCGUUCCAAAGAGCCUGAUUAGACCGACUGUAAUUCUUUCUAGCAGAACAGAUGCUGGAGUUCAUGCUUUAUGCAACACUUGUCAUGUAGAACUUGAAAACAAAUACAAUCAUAUAUAUGAUUCAUCAAAUGUAAAAAAGUUUGUCAAUCGUUAUUUUGGCAAAUGUGGCCAUACUAUUAGAUUAUUGGAUAGUAUACCUGUGACACUUGAUUUUCAUGCCAGAUAUUCAUGUAAAUCUCGUACUUACAUCUAUAGAUUUAUGAUACCUAAAGUACCUGAAGAACAACGGGUGUCUCUUCCAGAAUUGACACAUACUCAUCACGUAAGGGCACAUGAUUUUGAUAUAGAUAGAGUAAAACAUGGUUUACAAUUGUUUAUGGGAAGGAAAGACUUUACUACAUUUAGUGCAAAAACAGUAACAGAUCGUAAAAUUCGCUAUGUACGUUCCUUAGACACUUUUACUUUGGAAGAGGCAUCACCUCUGAUGCCCUUUGAUCCAUAUUCUGAAAAUUUUACGUAUUGGCACUUUACAUGUAAAUCAAAAUCUUUCUUGUACAAUCAGGUCAGACGAAUGGUCGGAGCUUUAAUCUCAUUAGGAUUAGGAAGAAUAACAGAGAAAGAUAUUAUUGUUAUGUUACAAGUUCCUUCGCAUUAUAAUUGGAAUCCUCGUGUUACACCUGUACCACCACAUGGUUUGCAUCUUUUGUAUCCAGAAUACGAUCCUGAUGAAUUAAGACGGUGUACUAUAUUGACCGAGCAAGAGCAGGAAUCGCAAUUGGAGAAACAAAAAUUGCAAAUGGAAUAGAAGUGGAAACUGUGAUGGAAAAUUCCAUUUUGUCACAUUGAUGAUACAUAACAUAAACAUAUAAGACGGUUUUUAGAGCCAUUUUUCUAUAUAUUU